CUCCGAGCUUGUCUUUGAGGAGAAAGAUUUUUAUUAAUUAUUAUUAAUAUAUUAGUAUAGGAUUCUCAAGUAUGAAUGGAGCUUGUUCUUUCAAGUCCCAAGAUCAUACCCCCAUUCCCUUUUGUUUCUUCAUUUAUUAAUUAUUUUACUGGACUCUACUCGGAUCAAUCUCUUAUGUGGGAUACUUGAUUACUCUUGAUUUGGUAACUUUUUUACUCUCCACUACUUGUUUCUUGAUAUUGCUGAUUUUAAUUUGGCCCCCUUAAAUUAGAACAUUUGAUCAUCUUCUCUCUGUCUCUCUCUUCACAUACUUUUUGGUCUUUUGGGGUUUUGGUGUUAUCACUCUAUCUUUUUCUCUCACUCAAAUCUGAAUUGAUCUUCUAUAUAGUCAUUACAUUCUCUACAUAAGUAUUAAUCAAUCCUUCUAUAGCUUAUUCCAUAUACUCUCUGACCUCUACUCAUCUUCUGCUUCUCUUCUUUUUCUUUUCCUUUUUGCUCUUUCUUUAUUGUUGACCUCUACAAUGUCAGACCCCUACUCUAAUUUCUUUCCUGGAUGGUUUAACCUCAACAAUGAUCAUCAACUCCAGCAACACUAUUCACCUACACCUUCAUCCUCUAGUUAUCCUCUUCCUUCUCCUAAUUAUCAUUAUCCCCAUCACUUAUACGCAGCACCGAGCAUCACUGACAACAGUGCUAUCUUACAAUAUUAUCGUCAUAAUUAUGAUAGAUCUGCUUCAUGUUUAUCCACACCGCCCUCAUCUCCACCUCUUAGAGAAGCUCUUCCCCUUCUGAGCUGCUUAGGCCCAGCAGGUGGAAAUGGUAGUCGUCAUGAUCAAGAUUUUAACGACGCAUCCUGCAGUGCUAUGGAGUUGGAAGACUACGACAGUACUGUUUAUAACGGUAAUAAUGAGAUGGAGAAGAAAAUAAACAGUAGAUCCGAUGAUUAUGAUAAUGGCGAUGAUGCCACAAAAUUCUGCUUAUUCUCUUCUAAUAAUAACGUUAGAACUUCUACUGCUACUAGUACCACAAUGGCGUCUUCUGAUACAAAAUAUCCUCUUGAUCAAACUGUGGCCUUUUCCCUUCAUAUAGGUCUUCCUAGCAGCCCAACUACUACUACUACCACUACUGCUGAUCUGAUCUCUAGGGUAUCUUCUUCCUGUUUUACCAUGAGUAGCAGCACUAGUAGUGGUAAUAGCCAUGAGUUCAUGAACACAACUAAGCAGCAGCAGCAAUUAGGUGGUGUUACUGUGGCAGCAACUGGCUAUCCCACUACCGCUACCACUACUACUAAUACCAAUAUUAAUACUAAUUGUAUUAGUGGCUGUAGACUCAACAAGGGGCAGUACUGGAUCCCUUCCCCAUCCCAGAUUCUCAUUGGUCCUACACAGUUUUCAUGUCCUGUUUGCUGCAAGACCUUCAACAGAUACAACAACAUGCAGAUGCAUAUGUGGGGGCAUGGAUCCCAGUAUAGAAAAGGGUCAGAGUCUCUAAGGGGAACUCAACCAACGGCUAUGUUGAGGUUGCCUUGUUAUUGUUGUGCACCUGGUUGCAGAAACAACAUUGAUCACCCUAGGUCAAAGCCACUCAAGGACUUCAGAACACUACAAACCCAUUACAAGAGGAAGCACGGAAUCAAACCCUUCAUGUGUAGGAAAUGUGGGAAGGCAUUUGCGGUGAGGGGUGACUGGAGAACUCAUGAGAAGAACUGUGGUAAACUCUGGUAUUGCAUAUGUGGAUCAGAUUUCAAGCACAAGAGAUCUCUUAAAGACCAUAUCAAAGCCUUUGGUCAGGGACAUGCAGCUUAUGGAAUCGACGAGGUUAUAUGCUUUGAAGAAGAAGAAGAUGAUGGAGAGGUUGAAGCAGAAGAUGACGAUGAACCUGCUGCACUAUCUGAAUUAGAACAAGACGACCCAUGCCCAUGAUUGCUAGGCAUGCACGUACUAUGGUCUUCACACUAGAUAACAGAUGUACCUGGCUACAGCAUAUUCAUAUAUGAGCAUAUGAUACUAAUUAACUCAUGUGUACGUGCAUGAUCAGCUAUAUUGCGACUCAUUUUAAUUAGUUAACUCCGUGGGUCUGGCAUAAGUAAUUAAUGCUUGUGAGAAAUUAAGGUAUAUCAUAAACAUGUUUUAAAUAUAUUAUAGUUGGAGAUUAAGGAUUUUA